ACCUGAACAACUAAACCACCCCUCAAUCAUACCACACCUAAUAUACCCUCACCCUCACACCCAUCCACCCACAACAAUCCCUAUCAAUUCCCCCAAAAUGAACCUAACGCUCUUCUCCACAAAAUCUUACGACGCGCACUACUUCACCACAACCCUCAAAGCCCUCCAAUCCUCCCCCACGCACGACCACCUCAACCCCCUCAAAAUAACCACCCACCCCUUCCCGCUCACCCUCGCAACCGUUCCCCUCGCAACCUCCAGCGACGCAAUCUGCGUCUUCGUCAACGACACCCUCGACGCACCAGUCCUCCGCGCACUAUGGGAGAUCGGCGUGCGCGCGAUCCUGCUCCGCUGCGCAGGCUUCAACAACAUCGACUUACCGGUGGCCGAAGAACUAGGGUUCUUCGUCGCGAACGUGCCCUCGUACAGCCCCGAAGCGGUAGCCGAGUUCGCCGUCGCGCUGCUCCAAACGCUGAACCGGAAGACGCAUCGCGCGUAUAACCGGGUGCGCGAGGGGAAUUUCAACCUCGAGGGGUUUCUGGGGAUGACGCUCCACCGGAAACAUGUUGGGGUCGUGGGGUUGGGCAGGAUUGGGAUUGCGUUUGCGAGGAUUAUGGCGGGGUUUGGGUGUGUGUUGGUGGGGUUUGAUCCUAUUAGGGAACAAUCGUAUAAAAAGGGUGGGGGGGAGGAAGAUGAAUUUACGGCAACGCUCGGCGGGAGAUAUGUGGGGACCGUCGAGGAGCUGCUCGCGCAGGCGGAUAUCGUCAGUCUGCAUUGUCCGCUUACCGAGGCCACCAAGCAUAUCAUCUCGCAGCAGAGCUUGCGUUCCCUGAAGCGCGGGGCGAUUCUCGUGAAUACCUCGCGUGGCGGGCUGAUUCACACGCGCGACGCCAUCGGCGCCCUCAAGGACGGCACCCUCGGCGGGUUGGCGCUGGAUGUCUACGAGCAAGAAGGCGAUUUGUUCUAUAAUGAUCACUCCGCGGAGAUCAUCCAUGAUGAUACGCUGAUGCGCCUGAUGACCUUCCCCAAUGUGCUGGUCGCCGGCCACCAGGCCUUCUUCACGCAGGAGGCGCUGGGUGAGAUCGCUCAGGUGACGCUGACCAAUCUGGAGGAUUUCGUCGCCAAGAGGCCGUGUCGGAAUUCCUUGGUCAGGGAGGGGCAUCUAUUUGUCGAGGAGGAUAAACAGCCUGUUCGGUUGUGAUUUUUGCGGUAUUUGUGUUGGUUGCUAUGUGACAAGGGAUGUGGCGGAUGCUGGUUGUGCAAUUUUCAUUCUUAAAUUGUUCUCGAGGCUAUGAAUUCCAAGAUGAUCAAGUA